GGCCUCCAUCACCCUCGAAGUUUGGAAUUGGAGGGUAAAAGUUCAGGCAAACCAAAUAAGAAAAAAAAAAGGAAAAAGAAAAAGGAAAUGUAAGCUUCUUCUCUAUUUCACCAUAAUUAAAAGUAGUUGAAGAAGUUCCUCGUGAAGUAGUUUAAUCUCAGACACUCAAAAAAAAUCAUCUAGCAAUGGUUUCUGUAUACACUUGGUGCCGCUACAUCGCCCACAAACUUGAAUACUCCAUGGCUGUCAGCUGGAAGCACUAUAAAGGGGGACGGAUAACUGAAGGUCAAAUUGGAGACACUGUCUGGAAAAACCUAUUUCAGGGCAAAGUAACCUUUUUACAUUGGAAUAAAGGACAAGAGAUGGCUCCUACGAUUGGGUCCGAAGGUGGAACUCUCUUAGUUAGAAAAAUACCAGUUCCAGGCCCAAGUCGUGUUUUCAUUGGAGAUAUAGUGGUCUUGAAAGACCCUGAAAGCCCAAAUGACUAUCUAGUCAGAAGACUUGCUGCCACGGAAGGAUAUGAAAUGGUCUCGAAGGAUGAAAAAGAGGAGCCUUUUAUUCUAGACAAGAACGAAUGCUGGGUUCUUGCUGACAAUGAAGCUUUGAAGCCAAAGCAGGAAGCCAAGGACAGUCGAGCUUUUGGUCCAGUUAAUAUGUCAGACAUUAUUGGUAGAGUUAUAUAUUGUUUGCGCAAUGCUGUUGAUCAUGGUCCUGUGCAGAACAGUAAUUUCAGCAUCAAGAAGGACUCACCAGUGUUAGAAGUUGAGCUCGAUGUUGAUGAGAUGGCUAAGAAUCACAAAACUUGAAUUGAAAUCAGCUAAUGAUGCGUCAGAGCUCGUUGUUGGACUGGGUUAUGCAUAAUCCACCCGCCAACCCACCCGCCUGAUCAUUCACGUGACCCGUAAAAUUAGAGCCUUUACUGAAUUGGUUUAUAUGUUCCCUUCGUAACGAUCAUUUCUUUGUGGCGAAAAUUUAUUCAUUUGUCAAAAUUUUAGUAAAGGAGAGAAGAAACUAAAAUAAUGAAGAGAUGAUGCAGAGUUGCUGAUGAGUUUGGCACAGUUGGUUAUGGUACACCUGCUGUUUUCUUCUUGAAAAAUUUGAGAAUGCCAGUAUCAGAUUUUGGAUCUAAGCUGUAAUCUUUAUAAUAAUGUUUUGAAAAUUUAAACACAGGGACUAACCAUUCAAUUUUCUGAGCUGGCAUAUGUUUUUUCAAACUAUAUCAAUAUUUGUACUAUAUAGUUGAAGAUUCUUAUGUGCA